CUUCCAAAAUUAGAAAACAAAACAACCCUAGGAGAGAUCCAACUCGUCUUCCUCACCAUAACUCCGGCGACCAAGCGUACACAGUAGCCCAGGUCUCCGUCUCUCACCGAACCCGACCAGCUCGCUGGAAAUCCGGCGACAAUUCUUCGAAACAGUCGCGAUUCCACCAGUGAAGUCCUCCAUUCCAACGCCUAGCUCCCAUACGCCAUGAAAUCUCUCACCUUUAGCUGCCAUUUACGUCAUCCCGAACUCCAUUCUUAUCAGCAAAGAAGUUCUGAAACAUGCAGUCUUCAGUAAACAGAGGUCGUCGUUCGAGUCACUUGAGGUUCGAGAUUUCCGUCGUGGUUUCCUGCUCACGGCCUGUUUGUUUUCAACCUCAUUGCUGUUUUCUUUUUGCAAACAGUUGGAAGAUCUCUGAUUCUGAAAGUUAUAAAAAGGUCUACAUUUGGAAAACUUGUUCAUGAUCAAGAUACAUUAGUAAUGUUGGUGAAGGAGGUAGUUUCGUUGUCGGGAGGAUUUGACUUGGCUGAUUUGUUCCCUUCGUAAAAGUGGCUUCACGAAAUCAGUGGAAUGAAGUCCAAAUUGUUGAAGGCUCACACAAAGGCGGAUGUAAUUUUGGACAAUAACAUAAAUGAACAUCAAGUUGGGGACAAGGGAAAUUCUCAAAGUGUUGGAGACAAGUUGGGGACAAGGGAAAUUCUCAAAGUGUUGGAGACAAGUUGGGGACAAGGGAAAUUCUCAAAGUGUUGGAGACAAGUUGGGCGCAGGAGCACUAGCAAAGGGGAGUAACCUGGACGGGCUUCAGCAAAGGGUGGUGGGAAGCGGUGUGUGAGCGUACAACUACAUCGAGUACAGCAAAUCAACACAGGUUUGGUUCUUGGGAGUUGGUACCUCCCGUUCUCUUUUGUUGUUAUCUAAAUUGGUGUUACUUUAGUUCACAAUAGUUCAGUCAAAUCUUUCUACUAGUGUACUAGUAGUCACUUGUUUCCUUCUAGUUUGAUUCGUUGUCCGUUGUACACUAGCGAGUCUUCUUUAGAUUGUCGUAUGUGUAGUGGAUGCAGUCUGGGAUGAUAGAUUAAGGGCAUGUCCUCGGGUAGGGCAGAGUGUGGGCCGGGGUCAGGGGGUGGGACGGGAAGUAGGGGAGGUAUAGGGGGUAAGGGAGCCUAUAGGUUGAAAAUCGGGUCAUGGAACAUAGGGUCACUAACGAGUAAGUCUAUAGAGUUGGCAAAGAUCUUUCAGAAGAGGAAGAUUAAUAUAGCAUGUGUUCAGGAGACUAGGUGGGUUGGAUUGAGGGCGAAAAACGCGAAUGGGUGUAAGUUGUGGUACUCUGGAGUCCAGAGAGGUAAGAAUGGAGUGGGUAUCCUGGUGGAUAGCCAUCUUAGAGAGUCGGUGGUAGAGGUUAGGCGGGUGAAUGAUAGACUAAUGACUAUUAAAUUGGUGGUGGGUAAGUGUAUUUUAAAUGUCAUUAGUGCGUACGCGCCGCAAGCGAUCUUGGAUGAGGAGAUUAAAAGGCACUUUUGGGAGGGGUUGGAUGACGUCGUUCGUAGUAUUCCACCUUCUGAGAGGUUAUUUAUAGGAGGAGAUUUCAAUGGUCAUACUGGGUCUUCGGCAGGUGGUUAUACUGAGGUGCAUGGCGGCUUUGGUUUCAGGGAGCGGAACGAAGGGGGCACUUCGCUGUUGGACUUUGCCAAGGCAUUCGAUCUAGUGAUUGCGAACUCGUGUUUUCCGAAGCGGGAGGAGCACCUGGUUACUUACCAAAGUUCGGUGGAGAAGACUCAGAUUGACUAUCUCCUCCUCAGGAGAUGUGACAGAAGGUUGUGCGAGGAUUGCAAAGUUAUCCCAGGAGAGACCCUUGCAACGCAACAUAGGCUUUUGGUGAUGGACAUUGGUAUCAUGAUAAAGAGGAAGAAGAGGUCAGUAAGAGGACGCCCGAGGAUUAGGUGGGGCGCCUUGACUAAGGAUAAAGCUCAGGAUUUGGAAGGAAGGUUAUCGGCAAUGGGAGCUUGGAGAAGCAGUGGGGACGCAAACACUAUGUGGUCGACGACGACGAACUGUAUAAGGAAGGCGGCGAUAGAGGUGUUAGGGAUAUCUUCGGGCCGCACCGGUGGCCACAAAGGAGACUGGUGGUGGAAUGCAGUUGUCUAAGGUAAAGUGAAAGCAAAGAAGGCGGCUUACCUACGGUUAAUAGGGAGCACUGGUGAGGAGGAGAAGAGAGCGAACAAUGAGAGGUAUAAGGUAGCUAGGAAGGAGGCGAAGAUGGCAGUAACGGAGGCUAAGACGGCAGCUUUUGCUCGUCUAUAUGAGGAACUAGGGAACAAAGGCGGGGAGAAGAAGUUAUUACGAAUCGCUAAGGUGAGAGAGAGGACGGCUCAGGAUCUGGACCAAGUGAGGUGCAUAAGAGAUGAUGACGGCAAAGUUUUGAUGGGGGAUGACCAGAUUAAGAAGAGAUGGCAGAACUACUUUCAUAAACUUCUAAAUGAAGAAGGGGAUCAAGAUAUUGUACUAGGUGAACUGAGGAAUGCCGACAGUCCCCAUGAAUUAAGUUAUUGUAGGGACAUUGAGGUCGAUGAGGUCAUGGAGGCAAUGCGUAAGAUGAGAAGGGGCAAAGCGACCGGGCCAGACGAAAUUCAUGUUGAACUUUGGAGGUGUUUGGGUAGAGCAAGCUUGGAAUGGCUUACUGAGUUGUUUAAUGUUAUAUUCAAAACUAAUAAGAUGCCUGAAGAGUGGAGGUGGAGUACAAUGGUUCCGUUGUAUAAAAACAAAGGCGAUAUCCAAAGCUGUAACAACUACAGGGGUAUCAAAUUACUGAGUCAUACCAUGAAAGUCUGGGAGAGAGUGAUAGAAAUGAGAGUGCGAAAGAUGGUGUC